UAAAAAUGUAAAAUGUACCUCAUAAAAAUACAAGAAAUAAAUUAUUGACUGUUAAUUUCCCGCCGAUUCCCGGCUUGCAAAUCUUUUUUUUCUGACAACUGAUAGGCAUCGGAAUUCAAAAUGGAUACCAAUUGGACUAUAUUCCCGCGCGUGGGACUUCGUUCCCCAAACUUGACGAAUACGACUGUCAAUCUUCAAGAGAGCUUUGAAAUAGAUCUGGAAGACACAAAUUGGAUUCUAACAUCAUCGUUUAUUAUAUUUACGAUGCAAACUGGAUUUGGCAUGCUGGAAUCAGGGUGUGUGUCCAUAAAGAAUGAGGCAAACAUUAUGAUGAAGAACUUAGCUGAUAUUUCUUUAGGAGGUUUAACAUACUGGAUCUUCGGCUACGGCAUGUCUUUCGGCGAGGGAACCUACUCUAAUCCCUUUAUAGGCGUGGGUAACUUCCUGCUGGACCCACCUGUGGGCGACGCGCUCAUGGGACCCAUGUUUGCGUCCUUUCUAUUCCAACUGUCUUUUGCUACCACUGCGACUACUAUAGUUAGUGGCGCUAUGGCAGAAAGGUGUAACUUCAAGGCCUACUGCCUGUUCUCCCUGCUGAACACUAUAGUGUACUGCGUGCCGGCGGGCUGGGUGUGGGGCUCACACGGGUUCCUCAACAAACUGGGAGCCGUCGACAUCGCGGGCUCGGGGCCAGUGCAUCUUAUAGGAGGAGCCUCAGCUUUUGCAUCAGCGUUAAUGUUGGGCCCACGUUUGGGACGCUACGCCAACGGUCUUGCCCCGCUGCCGAUGGGGAACCCCGUCAAUGCCGUCAUGGGGACAUUCGUGCUAUGGUGGGGAUGGCUCGCUUUCAACUCUGGAAGUACUUAUGGGGUGAGUGGUGCUAAAUGGCAGUAUGCGGCUCGCGCUGCGGUUAUGACUAUGAUGGGGUCAUUCGGCGGCGGUUGUUUUGGACUACUUUUCACGCUAAUUAAGAACAAAGGCAAAGCUGACGUCAUGGAGUUAAUUAACAGUGUGCUCGGAUCUCUUGUCUCCAUCACCGCGGGUUGUUUCCUGUACCGUGCUUGGGAGUCUCUUCUCAUAGGUCUAAUAGGCGCCGCCAUCGCGUCCGGGAGCGCGCCUUUAUUUGACAUGAUGGGGGUGGACGACCCUGUCGGCGCGUCAGCUGUGCAUGGCGCCUGUGGGCUAUGGGGUGUAUUAGCAGUUGGGCUAUUCGCUGACAAUCCUAUACCUAUGGAGACUACGAACGGUAGAUCUGGGUUAUUCAAAGGCGGCGGCUGGUACCUCCUCGGCGUGCAGGCCCUGACGGGCGUCUGCCUCAUGACCUGGGGCAUCCUGGUCACCAUCACGCUACUGUGGGUCAUUGACAAGAUCAUGCCCAUUCGCAUGGAUCCCUACACCGAACUGCUUGGCGCUGAUAUCACUGAACACAGGAUUAGGCAUGGACAGGUGGGUAUAUCUCGAGCUGUCUCCGCUCUCCGCCCCUACCAUCGCUCCACCAGCAUCGAGGAUAUGGCCAACGUGGGUGUCAACACGGGACACGGGUACAUCGUCGACAAGUUGCAUGAGGCGAGUACAUAUUUAUGAUGCAAAGGCCUGACACACAUGUUCGCAAAGAAAUCCUACGUCGCAGACCAAACAUCAGCCUCCCCAUCAACUUACACAAACGCGGGAUUUUUAAACAAACGCCCUGGCAACACUGACAACGACUUCCACCGCACUCUAGACUCUAUGGUCCACGAGAUUAAUGGCGACACUUUAAAAAACAAAAACGAGAAUAACGCCAUUAGUGUCAUUAAUGUCAUUCCUGAAGGUUUAAAAGGAAAGAGGUAUAAAGAUUUGACUCCGAAAGAAUUGCAAGAGUUGGGACAGAUUAGUGCGAGUCAAGAUCGAUUUAGACAUCGAUUUCAUUCGGAAGAUUAUCAGAGUGAUGUUGAUAGGACGGCGAGUGCUAAUAUUAAAUGGCUAGAUUAAAUUUUGAGGCUAGCUGACCCAAGACCACUUCGUUGGUGUAUAACCUAUGACAGUCAUAAAUAAUGUUGGUUUUUAACGGUUACACAAUUUUCAAAACUGGUUUCAGAUACUACAUAUUUUCAGGCACCUAUAUUUGAAAAAAAUAAAAGACCUUUACAGUAAAAACUCAAAAUUUAAAAGGAUAGACCGAUUAAAAUCAGUUGCUUCAUGUGCAAACCGUAGGUACUAGGUAUUGCAGCUAACUACACAUACAUUUAUAUUAUUUUUUAUUGUGGCUUUAAAGCAAGCAAUCCUGUGUGCGUAGCUCAUAUAUAUUUAUUCGCUCAAGCAAAGUUAUUUAUUAGCUUGUAGAGUGUGUAUUUAAAACCUGUCCGAUUAAUUAAGGGGGGUCAAUAAUUAAGUUCUUAUGAUAUUGAAUUGCAUGUGAAAAAAAGAAUUGCAAAAUUGAGAUCCAUUUCAUUAUUUCUAAUAAUAUCAUACAGAUUGAAUAUAAAAUUUUCUGUGCUACCAUCCAGUAGCACAGAAAAUUAAUAUAUAGGGAUGAUGACAAUUUUUUUUUUGCAGUGUCCGUCUUGUAGUUUUUUGUAUAAUAAUGGAUACGUAUUUUUU